AUGUUCCGUUUCGCGAAACAUACGAAUGGGCAGGAUGUGUUGAUCUUCAACGGAUACACGUUCACUGUGUCCAACAGACACCACGACGGGCUGAGGUACGCCUGCAGGAGUCGCCUCGCCAAGAAAUGCCCCGCCUUCAUCCGAAUGUCUACAGAGAAUGAGAUCUUGAGAGCACAUUUCGCGAAAAACGCGAAAGGGCAGAAUGUGUUAAUCUUCAACGGAUACACGUUUUCGGUGUCCAACAAACACCACGACGGGCUGAGGUACGGCUGCAGGUGCCGCCAGACCAACAAAUGCCAGGCUUUCAUUCGAAUGUCUACAGAAAAUGAGAUCAUGAGAGCCAACGUCGAGCACAACCAUGAACCGCCUAAAUUCGUUAUUACGAACUCUGGGACUUUAGUCUACCUAAACAGGUGUAUAUUCUACACGACGUACUUAAAUUCCAUAAAAGGGAAUGUGAUUCUGCUGAUGAAUGACUACGCGUACAGUAAGAAUGGGCUUCUAAAGGAUGGGCACAGGUAUGGCUGCUGCAGCCGGACCACCACGGGUUGUCUAGCGUACGUCCACGUUACAGAUGAUAACCAGAUAUCGAAGAGAUGCGGAGAACACAACCAUCCCCCGGCUCCGUACGCAAUCUCCUCCACCGGGGUUUACGUAAGACUUAAGAAGCAACAUUAUCUGAAUUAUUUCAAUCUUUCAACAGCCAAAUUUAUACAGCUGCGCUCUGGAACGACGCUGCUCAUGGUUGGGGAUUAUACCUUCCAUAAAGCUUAUCAAACGUCGUGGCACUCAAGAUGGUAUUGUUCCUACAAGUUGAGGAGGUGUAAAGCAAGUGUUACUGUUGUAGGAAGUCACGUGGAUUUUCUUAAAAGCAAAUUGAUGCAUAAACACAGACCCCCGCGUUUAACCUUUGAAAAUGGAUAUUAUGUGAAACUACGAUGAUGUGCAUUGAUGCAACGCCCAUUUAGAAGGCUUUCUUGCUCUUAUCUAUAUUAAUUAGAUAAAAUAAACAUGUCAAGAGAU